AUGAAUUGUUCCUAUAAAAGUUAUAAUUAUGAUCCGAAGAGAUUAUUGGAAAUCGAGAAGACAAUGGUUGACGAUGGUUAUGUCCGAAUUCAAUUUUCCGAUGAAUAUCUGCCAAAUGACGAUGAUUUUCCUAGAAAUAUGGAGAAAUUCUUCAUAAAUAUCAUUGAAAAACUUAGUGGAAAAUGUUUAACUCACAAUGCAGAACAAAACUCAUUUGUUUGGCAUGUUCAGCCAAUGGAAACGGAUUCCAUCGUUGAAAAGAGACAUCUCGCUCGAUCUCAAACUGAUGAUGAAUUCUCAUUUCAUACGGAUUGUUCAUAUGAAAUCAAUCCACCGGAAUACAUGGCACUAUUUGUUCUCGAACAGGAUCAACUUGGAGGAGGAAAAUUAGAAAUUAUUCAAUUGUCCGAUAUACUCAAAUCUUUGUCAAUUAAAACUCAAGAGAAAUUAAUGAAUGAAAACUUUCAGAUAAAUAUUCCGUUAGAAUUUCGUAAAUCAAUCGAUGUUGAUCAUAUCAAUGCACCGAUUUUAUUGGCUGAAGACAAAAUUCGAUAUCGAUAUGAUAUUUUAUCUGAGGAGAAUUGUGAAGAAUUAAAUGAAUUGAAUUCAACUAUUCAACAAGUGAAACGAUUUCAACCAGAAUUGACGAAAUUUACAAUGAUUAUUUUGAAUAAUCAAAAGUUUCUUCAUGGAAGAACGAAAAUUCUCGAUCAUCAACGUCAUUUACUUCGCAUACGAUUCAAUCGAACAUGUCCAUAUGAUGUUCAUUCCGUUUAUGACAAAGACAAACUAUUGCCUGAAUAUUUAUCCUUUUCAAACGAUUUUUAUGAUUAUUUACAAUGUCAGCAUGAAAUUUUAUAUGAAAUUUUGCUUUCAAUCGUGAAACACUAUGAUCAGCCGACGAAUUUAGGUGAAAAAAUUCGACAAACAUUUCAAUUUGACCCGAAAGUCGAUAAAAUCAUCAGACAAUUGAAUAUGUAUCGACCAAAUUACCAAAUUGGUUCGUAUCGACCUGAUUUGAUGUUUAGUCAAGGAAAUUUAUUUGAAAUCAAUAGCAAACAUUCAUUUCAACCAAAAAUAUGCGAAAUUAAUGCAAGAUUUCCAUUCAAUGGAUAUUUUCUCUCAGCUGCUCUAUGUUCAACUGAUCGACAAAAUCGAUAUUCGCAGAAAUCUUCGAAAAUGAUUGAAACCAUAAUCGAAUCAGCGAAAUUUGAUCUGACAAAGCGAAUGUUUAUUGUGAAAUUACAAGAACAUGGUUAUGAUAUUCAUCUAUUUCAACAAUAUUGGACGNAACCAAAAAUAUGCGAAAUUAAUGCAAGAUUUCCAUUCAAUGGAUAUUUUCUCUCAGCUGCUCUAUGUUCAACUGAUCGACAAAAUCGAUAUUCGCAGAAAUCUUCGAAAAUGAUUGAAACCAUAAUCGAAUCAGCGAAAUUUGAUCUGACAAAGCGAAUGUUUAUUGUGAAAUUACAAGAACAUGGUUAUGAUAUUCAUCUAUUUCAACAAUAUUGGACGAAAAAAUCAACUCAACAAUGUUUAAUUGUUGAUCCAAAUGAUUUAAAAGUUGAAAAUGAGAAAUUAAUUGAUCGAAAGUCAAACAUUUCCAUAGAACAAUGUAUUCUUGAAUUACAUCAAAAUGAAAUACUUAAUUUAUCAGAUGAAAUUCUCGAAUUUUUUAUUCAAAACAAGCAAAUCAAUUAUAUAAACGAUUUGCGAACAAUUUUUCUUUUACAUGACAAACGUUUAUUUUCACUCUUAUCAAAUCAAUCAUUUCUUUAUGUUUUAUUGAACUCACCAUUCGACAAAUUCCUACAAUUCAUUCCAAAAACAUUCGUCAUCGAUAAAUUACCCAAUUAUCUCAAAGAUUCGAUUGUUAAGAACAAACAACAUUGGUGUAUCAAACCAAAUUCAGCCGGAAAAGGAGAAAAUAUUACUAUAGGUGCUGAUGUGUCAAUCGAUGAAUGGUCGAGACAAUUAUUGGAUUCCAGUCAUAAUCAAUGGAUUAUUCAAGAAUAUGUCGAUUAUGUUCCAUAUAAAUCAAUGAAUUUAUGUGGAAUGUUGUUUUGUUUUAAUGAAUAUUGUUUUAAUAUGGGAAUUAUUCGAAUGGCCGAGAAAAAAAUUGUAAAUAUCUCUCGUGGAGGUCAUUACAUUCGUCCAUAUGUUCAUCAACAAUCAGUUCAUUCGAUGAAAAACGGAGAUAUUUUGUCAAAAGAAGUUUUACAUGAACAAUUAAUCAAAAUGAAAUUAUUUGAUAAUCAAUGGAAUCGAUCGGUUUAUAUUUCAUCAUCUGGUGGAAGUGGAGGAAAACAACUCUAUUUUUCAAGUGAUAUUCAACAGAAUCUUCUUCAACGACAAAUUCUCGUCAAGAUGAUGCUCGAUGAAGAGAUCAUUUCUGAUCGAGAUAUUUGUUUAAACAUCUUUCAAACGGGUCAUGUUUAUCGAUCGAUGGAGAUUUUCAAUGAUUUUUGUACAAUGGCAAAUUGUACAUCGAUUCCAAUGGGCGCAAAUACAAGUGAUGAAGAUAUUUGGAAGAUGAUUGAAUAUUUUAAGCCAAGUAUCAUUAUGGGUACGCCACAUCGGCUAAUGCAAUUGGCAUUUUAUUUAGAAAAACAAGAAAAGAAAGAAAUAUGUUUCGAGAAAAUUUAUUUCGCUUGUGAAGCGAUCGAUCAAGUGAAACAAGAUUAUUUCAAACGAAUAUUUCAUUGUUCGACUUUUCUUGGGUUCUAUGGUUCAGCUGAAACGGGUGUUUAUGCAUGUCAAUCACGAAAAUAUUCUUCAACAAAGAUUUAUCUUUAUCCAAAAGAAUUAGUUCACAUUGAAAUAAUCAAUUCGAAAAUUAUUGUCACAAAUCUUAUCCGGAAACGUAAUCAAUUGUUUCGUUUUGAUUCUGGUGAUCUUGGACGAAUUCUUCCAACGGAUGUAAACAGUAAAUAUGGUUUAAUUGAAGUCUUUCGUAGUCAAAGAUUGAUUAUGAUUGGUGAAAAUGUACUUUCCAAAUCAGACAUUGAAGAAACAAUGAAACAAAUUGAUCUGAUUGAAUGGCAAUUAAUUAUUGAUUAUGUUUCAUCUUCGAAAACCGAUCAAAUACUUCUUUUAUUUCGAUAUGUGAAAUCUGAAACAAGUUCAAAUGAAAACUUAGAAAUGAUUUUAAAGAAUUAUUUGCAAAAUUUUUUUGAUAAACAAUUAACAAGUCUUUCCGAAAAUUUGAUUCUGCAAUUUGAAGCAAUUCAGUUCAAUCAAUUAAUGCGAAAUGAAACAUCAAAUAAAUUAUUGAAAAUUAUUGAUAAACGUUUAUAA